GUAAUAAUAAUUAUGAAUGGGGAAGGAGAAAAAUGUUGGAGGAGGAAAGUGUCUUUUCAGCUCCUAUAUUCUCCAUAUUCCCUCCCUAAAAAAUAGCAACCCAUCCCUCUCCUCUGCAGAACUUGACCGUGGCCCUCUCCUCUGCAGAAAUCGAUGGCGGCCGGAAACCAUCGAGUUGCUCGCCGACGGUGGGAUCACCUACGACCUGCCUGGUGGGUUGCUCUUCGCCGAAGGAUGAGACACAAAGGAUGAAGAAUAACAUGAGGGCGGCGGCGGAGAUGAGGGCGGCGGCAGAGAUGAAGAAGAACGUGAAGAAGAACACCUAGGGGGUUUCUCGUCGGCGGAGAACCCGUCGGAGAUAAAGAACAACAUAAAGGGUGGCGGCAAAGAUGAAGAAGAACGUGAA